UCCCUCUAUAAACUACAACAAAAAUCUAUAGCCAUGGCCAUGGCCAGGGCUCGUUCUUCGUGUACCGCGACGCUAGCCAUUGUUCUGCUCUUAAUGACCCUCGUUGGUGAGUCUUAUGGUCAAUUGAAGGUUGGUUUUUACACUGGAAAGUGUGGGACGAACGACGUCGAGAAAGUUAUAUUCAGCAUUGUCAAGGCAGCUUUCAACAAUGACAGGACAAUUGUAGCAGCCCUUCUUCUAUUACAGUUUCAUGACUGCUUUGUUAGGGGAUGUGAUGCGUCCAUUUUGUUGGAUGGAAGCAACACAGAGAAAACUGCAUGGCCUAAACACAUUGUUAGAGGUUAUGAUAUUAUAGACACAAUCAAGGCAAUUUUGGAGCGAAGGUGCCCACAAGUUGUCUCGUGUGCGGAUAUCAUUGUCAUAUCGACUAGAGUUGCAAUUUUUCUGGCAGGAGGAGUGUGGUACGAUGUCGAAAAUGGAAGAAGAGAUGGUGCCAUUUCACUAGCUAGUGAGGCUACUGCAAACCUUUCUGCAGGAUCAACAACAAUCCAAGUUCCCCAUACUGUUAUAGAAUUUGCUACUAACUUCUUGACUGCUGCACAAAUCAAUGGUGUCGUUUCGACUGCCAUGGAUGCUGCUGUUACUGCAAACCAAUAUACUGAAGGGACAUUUAUCCAAGUUCAAAAUGAUGUUCUAAACUAUGCUAUGAGCACCUUGACUGGUACUCAAAUGAUGACAUUCUUGAGCAUAUACACUAAAGUAGUACAAGAAUUGGGAGGAUCUCAGAAAGCCAAAGAUACACUUGAGAAAAGUGGUCAGCAAAUUUUAACUGAAUCAUCACUUAACACACAAUAUGUCUCGCAAUUCGUUUCUUCGAUGAAGAUACUUGGUAGAACUGGUGUUCUUGCCGGAUCAGAAGGCCAAAUCAGAAAGAAUUGUCGUCGGGUUAAUGAUAGCAUACUUAAGCUUGGGACUCAUGGAUUUUGAAGUGAUCCAUCCCCUUAAUUCUUUCAUUACUGGUUCUCUUUUAUGCAGUUUACAUAUGAAUUGAGUGUGUUUUUAAGUAUGUACUUCCUCCGUUUCCUAAAGAUCUUCCCUCUUUUCGUUUAAGUGCGUUUAUCAUAUGGUCCACCAUUGCAUUAUUAAUUCAAUUUUAC